AUGAAAUUUUUGAUAUUACUGGACAAGGACCGCCCGUUGCCAAAAUUUGGAGAAUGGGAUGUAAAUGACCCUGCAUCAGCAGAAGGGUUCACCGUUAUCUUCAACAAAGCUAGAAAUGAGAAAAAAGGAGGUGGAACAUCUGACUCCCCUGCAAAAGAUGAACCUGGAUAUAAUCAUAAGCAUCGGGAAGUUCUCGGGAAGCCUCAACCCGUAGGUGCCCAGCAUCUCUUCUGCUUCCUAAAUGCCUUAUCCUUAUGA